AUGGCUACUAUACCUGUUAACCCCAAGCCUUUUUUGAACAAUUUGACUGGGAAGCAUGUUAUUGUGAAGCUAAAAUGGGGAAUGGAGUACAAAGGUUAUCUUGUUUCAGUUGAUUCCUAUAUGAACUUGCAGUUGGCGAACACUGAAGAGUACAUUGAGGGAAAUUUUACAGGGAAUUUAGGAGAGAUUUUAAUCAGAUGUAACAAUGUUCUCUAUCUUCGAGGAGUACCAGAGGAUGAAGAAAUUGAAGAUGCUGCUGAAGACUAG